UUUCAUUUGGUCAACACAUUUUGUUGUUGAGAUUAACUCAUUUUAAUUGUAAGUAAUUAAGUUUAAUUUUCUUUAAUUAAGGUUAAUUUUAAUUGUUUAAUCUAUUGAUUGUUGUACAAACUUCAAUUGACAUUUAGUUCUGUUACUUGUUGUUCAACGUUUACGGAAUUAUUUAUCCAGAUAAAAUGGCUGAUCGAAAGAGUCGACGUAAGGAAAAAUUGGCCAAACAACUUGAAAAACAAAUGAAAGAAAUCGCUUUGGAAAAUUCAAGUUUCUCCGUUUCCACUUCUAGCAAUCAAAAUGCUCAAACAAUUGACAAUGCAAUCAAGAUAGACAAUUUUUCAAUCAGUGCUGGUGGUAAAGAAUUGUUUGUAAAUGCAUCACUUAACAUUACCUUUGGUCGAAGGUAUGGUUUAGUUGGUCCUAAUGGUCAUGGAAAAACAACUCUUCUUCGUCAUAUCUCAGAAAAGAAGGAAUUAAAUUUAGCUGAAGAUUUACAUGUUCUUCUUUGUGAACAAGAAGUUAUGGCUGAUGAAACACCGGCAGUUGAGGUUUUAAUCAAAAGUGAUGAUCGUGUUACUAAAUUACAAAAGAAACUUGAAGAACUACAAAAUGCUGAGAAUCCAGAUCAAGAUCUUAUUAAUGAAAUUUACACUGAAUUAAAUGCUCUUGGCGCUGAUUCAGCUGAAGCCAGAGCUCGACGUAUUCUGGCUGGUUUAGGUUUCUCAACGAAAGAAAUGCAAGAUAGACCAACUAAAAAUUUCUCUGGAGGUUGGAGAAUGAGAGUUUCUUUGGCUCGUGCUCUUUUCAUUGAACCAACACUUUUACUACUCGAUGAACCAACUAAUCAUCUUGAUCUUAACGCUGUCAUUUGGUUAGACAAUUAUCUUCAAAGUUGGAAAAAGACUUUACUAAUUGUUUCUCACGAUCAAUCGUUUUUGGACAAUGUGUGUACCGAUAUAAUCCAUUUAGACCAGAAGAAACUGUAUGCUUAUAGAGGAAAUUAUACUAAAUUUAAGGUCAUGUACCAACAAACGAAAGCGGCAAAUCAGAAAAAAUAUGAAACCCAAGAGAAACGGAUGCGAGAACUUAAAAAGAAAGGAGCUUCCGGUAAACAGGCUGAGAAAUCUGUUAAAGAGCAUCAACAACGUAAACAAGGAGAAACUCAGAUUGGUGAUUUAAUCGAAAGGCCUAAAGAAUAUGUCGUCAAGUUUAAAUUCAAGAAUCCAGAUCCCCUUAGUCCUCCGAUUCUUGGUCUUUAUGAUGUCGAUUUUGCCUACAAUCCGGAAGGACAAUUACUUUUCAAGAAGCUCAAUUUCGGUGUUGACAUGUCAAGUCGAAUCGCAAUUGUGGGUCCAAAUGGUGUCGGUAAAUCAACUUUUCUUAAACUGUUAUCAGGUGAAUUGGAACCACUUUCAGGUGAAUUACGGAAAAAUCAUAGAGCUCGAAUUUCAAAAUUUGAUCAACACUCAGGUGAACAUUUAAAUCCAGAGGAAACACCUACCGCCUUUUUACAAAGAGUAUUUGAUCUUGCCUAUCAAGAUGCACGGAAACAAUUAGGUUCUUUUGGUCUAGUGGGCUAUGCACAUACAAUUCCUUGCGGUCAACUCAGCGGUGGUCAAAAAAGUCGUGUAGCUUUAUGUGAAAUGGCUCUUAAAGGUCCGCACAUUUUAAUCAUGGAUGAACCUACCAACAAUUUAGACCUUGAAUCAAUUGAUGCUUUAGCCGAUGCACUUAAUAAAUUUAAGGGCGGUGUUAUAAUUGUAACUCACGAUGAAAGACUAAUUCGAGAAACAGAAUGUCAACUUUGGGUGGUGGAAAAUAAUACAAUUGAAGAGAUUGAUGGUGGAUUUGAUGAUUACAGAGAGGAAUUACUAACAGCCCUCGGGGAAACAGUUAACAAUCCAUCAAUUUCAGCUAAAUUAGCUGGAGCAAUUUAACGAUAAUUAAGUCGAUUCUCUUAGUCUAAUAACAACAGAAGACCACGAAAAAUUGAUUGUUAUAACCUCUUUUCUAUUAUAUAUAAAUUAACUUGUUAAAUGUUAAACUUUUUCCUCUGUAACAUUUACCAAAUGAAUUCACCCUUUUGCUAAUUAAUCAAAAUUUUACUUAUCUAAGAAAUAAAAAGCAAAUCAAAACGCCAACAAUUAAA